CCAUUACUUAGGUCGUUACCCAAGUCGUGACUCGAAGCCGCGCUCUUAAGAACCCGAUGCGGUUGCUCUCGUUGAAGCCCUAACCCAGUGGUCUUCGUCUCCGUCACUCAGUAUUCUCCGGCGACAAGGCGCGGCUCCGAUCUGUGGUGGAUAGACUCCAUGGCUGGUCCCGGGAGAUCCAUGCUUUACUCGCUACUUUCAUUUGCAAUCAUUCUCUCACUUCUUGAGAUGUAUAGAGAAAAAUUGGGGUCUUCUGAGUUGUUGACAAUCUUUGGUGGUUUCAUCAGUUCUCUUUUGUUUCUUUUGUUGCUCACGUUCAUUGGCAACUACCAAGAAUCAAGUGGCACAAGGACAGGAUGGGGUGCCGUUGUAUUGGCUGAAAUUGCUGCUCUUAUUGCUGCUGCCACAGUUCACCGUGUUUGUAUAACAACAUGCUUCUUGUUCUCUGCUGGUCUUCUAUACGAGGUUAACAAGCUUUCAGGAAUGAUGCUUUCGAAAAAUGAACCAAAAGGGAAGCGGUAUUGAGUAGCAAUGACCUCAUUAAAAAAAGAAAAGCUCCACAAUCAUGAGAUGGGAGGCCCGCGAUUAAUGUAUGAUCUCGUAUGGCUGUUCUAUAUGAUGCCAGAUCUCUCAAUUUCCAAAAAAUAAAAAAUUCACAUUUCGGAUUGUUUUUAGUGCGUUAAUUAGAAGUACAUUUUGUUUGUUCCUACUGAGUUUUCAGAUGGCCAAAAAUUCAUCUUUUGUUA